AUGUUGAACCUUCUCCAAUCCAACAGGAAGUCCCAACUCAGCCUGAAGAUCUUCCUGAGGAAACUGAACCAUCUCCAAUCCAGCGGGAGGUCCCAGAUCAGCCUCCAGCACCCCCUGAAAAUUUUGAACCUUUUCCAGUGCAGCAGGGAGUCCCAAUUCAGCCUGAAGAUCUUCCUGAGGAAAUUGAACUUCCUCCAAGCCAGCAGUGGAGCUCAGCUCUGUCUCAAGUGUCUGUUCCAGAGUCCCCCAUCUCAGCCUCCAGAGCCACCUGAGAAGGUAGAACCAUACCCAGUCCAGCAGGAAGCCCCUGCUCAGCCUUUAGAGCCCCCUAAUGAGGCAGAAUCUUCAACCCAGCAGGAGGCUCUAGCUCAGUCUCCAGUUCACCAACAGGCCCCAGCUAAAUCUCCUGGGCCCCUUAAGGAGGUAGAACCUUCUCCAACCCAGCAGGAGGCCCCAGCUCAGUCCCCUGUCCCCCAGCAGGCCCCAGCUAUAUCUCCUGAGCCCCCCAAGGAGGGGGAAUCUUCUCCCACACAGCCAGAGGCCCCAGCUCAGCCUUCAGAGCCCCCUGAGAAGGUAGAACCAUCUCUAGCCCAGCAGGAAGCCCCAGCUCAGCCUCUAGAACUCCCUGACAAAGUGGAACCUUUUCCAGUCUCUCAAGAGACCCAUUCUCAGCUUCCACAGUCUCCUGAGAAGGUAGAAUCCUCUCCAGUCCUGCAAGAAGCCCCAUGUCUACCUCUAGAGCCCCUUAAGGAGGUAGAACCUUCUCCAACCCAGCAAGAGGCUCUAGCUCAGCCUCCAGAACCACCUAAGGAGGUUGUAGGACAACCUCCAGUCCAUAAUGAGGUGACAGUUCCACCUCUAGGACAAGAGCAAGCUCAGCAUUCAAACUUGCCCAGUGCCACUGUUAAACCUCUUGAUCUGGAGCUUACUGUAACUCCAGAACCUACUACAGAGGCUGAGCAUUCCAUGGCCCUGCAGCAGACUCUAUCUCUUCCAGAGGACCCCGAGGUGACACUUCCACAUCCAGAGCACGUUCAGGCUCAGCAACCACAUUUCACUGAAGUCACAGCUCAACCUUUAGACCUGGAGCUUACUGUAAAUCCAGAACCCACUACAGAGUUUGAACAUUCUACAGCCCUGAAGAAAACUACAGCUCCUCCAAAGGACCUCGAAGUGACAUUUGCACACCUAGAGCAGGUUCAGACUCAGCAUCCAACUUUGGCUGAAGUCACAGUUCAACCUUUGGACCUGGGGCUUACCAUAACUCCAGAAUUCACUAAGGAGACUGAACUUUCUCUACCUAUGCGGGGGACCCCAAUUCAGCCUCCAGAGCCACCUAAGGAGGUUGUUGUAGCUCAGUCUCCAGUAUAUCAGGAGGAGAUUGUUCAGACACCAGGUCAAGAUCAAGCUCAGCAUCCAUCAUCACCCAAUGUAACAGUUCAACCUUUGGACCUGGAGCUUACUGUAAGUCCAGAACCCACUAAAGAAGUUGAACAAUUUACAACCCUGAAAAAGACUACAUCUCCUCCAAAAGACCUUGAGGUGACACUUGCACAUUCAGAGCAGGUUCAGUCUCACCGUCCAACCUUAACUAAAGUCACAGUUAAACCUUUGGACCUGGAACUUACCAUAACUCCAGAAUCUGCUGCCGAGGUUGAACCUUCUCCAGCCAUGCCUGAGAUCCCAGAUCAGCAUCCAGAGCCGACUAAGGAAUUUGUAUCCCAACCUCACAUAUAUCAAGAGGCACCAGUUCCAACACCACAUCAGGAUCAAGCUCAGCAUUGGUGGUCACCAAAUGUGACAGUUCAACCUUUGGAUCUGGAGCUUACCAUAACUCCAGAAUCUACUACAGAGGUUAAACAGUCUACAACCCUGCAGCAGACUACAACUCCUCCAAAGGACCUUGAGGUGACAUUUCCACAGUCAGAGCAGGUUCAGUUUCAGCAUCCAACCUUAAAUAAAGUCACGAUUAAACCUUUGGACCUGGGGCUUACCAUAACUCCUGAACCUACUACAGAGACUGAAACUUCUCCAACCAUGCAAGAGACCCCAGCUCAGCCUCCAGAGCCACCUAAGGAGGUUGUAGUUCAAUAUCCAUUUCAUCAGGAGGUGACAUCUCCACCUCCAAGUAAGGAUCAAGGUCAGCAUCCAGCAUCACCCAGCACCACAUUUCAUCAUGUGGACUUGGGGCUUACCAUUACUCCAAAACCGAUUACAGAGGCUGCACGUUCUACAACCAUGAAGAAGACUAUAGCUCCUCCUCCAAAGGACCUUGAGGUGACA